GUUAUGCCACCUGUUUGAUCCUCCUCCCCCUUGCCCCCUUCUCUCCUGCCACUCCCUCCCCUACCCCCUCCUUCCUCCCCCCCGCCCUCCCUCCUGCUCCAGACUGGGCCGUGAUGUCGCUGGAGGAGCUGGCAAAAUUUCGGGACAGGAUCGUCGAGGAGCUGGACCGGACCGUCGACUUCUGGCUGAAGCACUCGCACGACCGGGAAAAUGGGGGUUUCUUCACCUGUCUGAGCCGCGAUGGCACCGUCUACGAUGACCUGAAGUACAUCUGGUUGCAGGGAAGGCAGGUGUGGAUGUACUGCCGUCUCUACCGCUGUCUGCCUCGCUUCCACCGGCAGGAGAUACUGGAUGCAGCCAUAGCAGGCGGUGAGUUUCUCCUGCGGUAUGCGGCUCCGUACCCCGGCUCCCGGAAGCUGGCGUUCGCGGUGACGAGGGCGGGAGAGCCGGUGAAGGUUCAGCGCACCAUCUUCAGCGAGUGCUUCUACACACUGGCCAUGGAUGAGCUGUGGAGGGUGACCCAGCAGCACAAGUACCAGAAGGAGGCGGAGGAGAUGAUGGAGCAGGUGCGUGUGUGGGCGUGCGAGGACCCGUCUGGUCUGGGACGUCCCCCCAUGGCCGGUGACCCCCCCGUCAGCUCCCUGGCCGUGCCGAUGAUGCUGCUGUGCCUGGUUCACCAGCUGGAGGAGGGGGCGCCGGGGAGGGCUGACCGAUACCGGCAGCUCGGUGACUGGUGUACCAACCAGAUCUCCCAGCACCUGCAGCGUGACGGGACCGUUGUCCUGGAGAUGGUGUCGCCAGGCGGCAAGGAGUUACCGGGAUGUCAGGGCCGGCUGCAGAACCCAGCCCCCCCGCAGCUGGAGUGGGACAUGAAGCUGUGGUGGCCACACACAGAGGCGCUGGUAGCCCUCCUGCUGGGCUACCAGUUAAGCCGGGACUCGCGCCUGCUCCAACACUUCCGCCAGGUCUUCAGCUGGACCUUCGACCACUUCCCGGACGGGGAGCACGGAGAAUGGUUCGGGUACCUGAGCCGACAGGGGUCGGUCACGCACACCUUCAAGGGAGGACCGUACAAAGGCUGCUUCCACGUCCCUCGUGCCCUCUACCUCUGCGAGACCAUCCUCGACACUCUGCUGGCGGAGACGAGCUCGUGCUGACGGGUGAAGGGAACACUUGCCGUUGCGCUGGUCGCCCUCAGUCUACGCUCGCCUCUCUGUGGUAUCUCUCUCUCUCUCUAGGGUGUGGUGUGUGUAUGUGUGUGUCUAACCCCGGGAGUGGGCGAUGGGAAUAUCUCUGGGACUUCUGUAACCAUGAGAUGAGUACAUCGACUCAAACACCCCCCCCUUGACUCUGUUCAAGGAUCCAAGCAGUCGUUCCAGGUGCGACAGAGGUUCACCUGCAUCUCCUCCAACCUCAUCUAUUGCAUCCGCUGCUCUAGAUGUCAGCUGAUCUAGAUCCACUGUCACAAAACCGUGCCUUCUACUUUGACAUUCGCCCCCUUAUCUACACCUCUCACCAUUUUAUAUACCUCUAUAUCAGGUCUCCCCACAGCCUCCGUCCGACACUGCACUCCGAGUCCUGGCAGCUGAAACCCUCUCAUUUAGGCAGCAUUGUGGUAAACCUCCUCUGCACCUUAUUCAAUGUCUCCACAUCCUGCAAUGGGGGUGACCAGAACUGCACGCAAUUCUCCAAACACGGCCUGACCAACGCUCGAUAAAGCUGCACCAUAGCUGCCUCCUCCCUGUCUGUGCCUCGAACCCCUCUCCUUGUCCCUCUCUCUCUCCCCCUCCUGAGAGGGAUUGCAAUGACUCCAAGGGAACAAUCGCGGGAUCUGUGCAUUAAUUUCUGGCUUUGGUUGCGAUGAUUAACUGUAUUAAUAAAAGCACUGAUUAUCAAACUG